UUCAAACAGUGGACGUGGCUCUUCAUGAGACAUGCCGCACCGUCACAGGAUGUCUGCGCCCCACACCACGGGAGAAAUGAUACUGUUGAGUCCCUCUGGGGAGAGAGGGCAGUCUAGAAAUGAAAUGAGGAAAUGUGAUUUUGGGCUGAGAAUCUCGGAGUAGAGCCUGUGGAGGGAUUUCUUUCCCUUGAAAGAAAGAAGAGGAGGAAAAACAUCUUGGAUACGGUUGGGUUCUUCACCAGAGUGGUUCCAGCAUGGAGAGACCCAACUCACGUGGGCCUGAAGCAGGACCUGGGGGCAGUGGGGAAUCCUGGGAAAGAACCAGACAUGAGUCCCUGAGUGUGGACCUUGACAGCUCGGACACACAGCGCCAGCGCUUCAGGCAGUCCUCCUACCAAGAGGGUGAAGGACCCAGAGGGGUUUGCAGUCGUCUCCACGAUCUGUGCCGCCAGUGGCUGAAGCCAGAGCAGCACACCAAGGCCGAGGUGCUGGACCUGGUGACCCUGGAGCAGUUCCUGAGCAUCCUGCCCCCAGAGAUGGGGAGCUGGGUCCGAGAGUGUGGGGCAGAGACCUGUUCCCAGGCGGUGGCCCUGGCGGAAGGCUUCCUACUGAGUCGGGCCGAGGACAAGGAGCAGGAAGGACAGGUGAGAGCAUUCCCUCUGGGUUUCACUAACCUGGGGACUGAUGGACAGGUUAAACGUACACCCUGCCUUUCUUCCGAGAUGGGACCGAUGUGGGGGAUGAGCAAGGCCCUGCUCCCUCGGCCUCUUUCCCCACCUGCUCUGCCCCUCCAUCUCUACCGUCAGCUUGGUUGAUGCUCUGCUCAAGAU